AUGGGUGGUGACACUCUCCCCUGCGGAUGUCAUAUGGUGGUAGUGGGUUGUGUAUAUAUGGUGGUAGUGGGUUGUGUAUAUAUACUUAUUGCUACGAACCAAGAAACUUCUGUGCCGAAUAUUGAAAUAACUUCUAUGGAUUUCACGGUGCAUAAUAUUACACAAACUCGUCUCAGUGCAAAUUGGGAUUUAUUGAUAAGGGUCCCCAGUGACCUUCCUAAUGCCUAUAUAUGUCUCCAAGGAGACAUUCAAGCUUCAUUGUUUUACAAAAAUUUUACUCUUGUUACUUCGUCCGGACAAAGGUACAACGAUCUUAGAUAUGGCUCACCUCAACAACUUAGGGUUUCAGCAGCUAUAUCUGAAAAAGAUAUCGAUAUCGGUGGUUUAACUGGCGAAAACAUUAUUAAGGAUAUCAAAGAGAAGAGGAAAGUGAAGUUCGGAUCGCAGUUGUUUCUUACGGAUUGUAGAAAAGGGAUGACAGGAGUUUUGAGCUAUGUUUGUGAUGACACCACGUUGCGGUUCGAGCCAGAUUUGGAGACCAAGGCGACUAAGUUUGGAAACAACCCUACCUGCACUAAUAUUUGA